CUCACCAUCUAUGAUCUAACGGUUCCAAUAAGCUUCAUGGGGCCUAAUCGGAAGGUUCAAGUUCAACAGCAAGAGUCUUUUCUGAGUCUUACUAUUUGGUUGUUUUUAAGUCUUUUGAUUCCUUUGAAGACUUAAUUCACACGUUGUUGCUGAGAAGAAAAAAGGGUAGAGGAGAUUGCUUUGCAGCUUGAGUAUAGGAUAUUGAAUCAGGUGGGUAAUUUUAUCUGACAGAUGCAUUCUCCAAUAGGACAACCAAAAGCUUCAAACCGACCUCAGACAAGAGGUUGUGGAAGUAUAAAUCAAUUUCAAAGGAGAAUAGAUAAGAGGAAGAAUGGCAAGAAGAAUACCCACCUGACAGAGAUAAUAAAAAUGUUGAUAGUCGAGUACCAUGAAGUUCGGUCAAGAGAUCUGGAGCAACAAGAAAAUUCUUAUUCCUACUCGGUUAACCAGGCCCAGGAUCAUCAUCCAGUCUUCUCUGUCCAGGAUGCUCAGGGGAUGGACUCUAAUAGAGGAGGAACUCCUGACGAGCUUGAUGGUCUGCAACUUGAUGAUUUAUUGGACGAUCUGCCGUCCAAUGAAUUGGAUACUAGCGAACCUGUUGUCCAACCAAACAGGACAUUGGCUGAAUUCCUCAUGAAAAUCGAUGAGGAUGUUCAAAGCAACGUUGAUAUCUCCGACUUUAUGAGUUUUUUAGAGGGGGAGCACAAAACCAUUGGAAGAUACAGCUUCCCACUGUCUUUGGUUCCGACUGUUGAAAGGAUUAUUAGUGUCUAUGGUGAUGUUUCGGCUCCGAGUUUAAUAAACUCCAAUGUUGCAGGGCAAAUCUAUAUACUUUUCUGUGCUACCGUGAAAGAGAUGGAGCAUCUCCACCUUGAUCAGGUUUCACCAGAAAAAAUGUUGAAAUGGCGAGAUGCCAUCAAGGAUGCUCUCCGCAUCAAUUUCAAUGUGGAAUUUGCAAUGAAUCAUUUGAAGAAAAUAGCUCGGGCGUAUUUCUGCCUGGCAGGAAGACAAGUGCUCCAAAGCAUAGAUGACAAAUUGGAUGCCUUGUACAACGAACGUGCUCAGACAUACGAGAGGUUCCAGGACUGUCUGGCUGAUGCAGAGGACUUUUCUGGCAAGUCCGUCAGCACUGGUUUAUUUCCUUAGACUUUCCCAGUAUUCCAAUAACAGAUUCGGAUAGACACGUAUCCAUAUCCGAAUAGCAUAGAUUCUAGGCGUGCAGUUCUUUACUUUUGAACUUGUUUCUUCUUUUACUUGUGUGGUUUCUGAAGUUGCAGAUGGGAGAUGGGAUUUUCUCUGAAGAUACUAAUGUUGAAGAGUUCUACAGGUCACGUUCGUCACUCCAGUAGCAGUAUAGUUUACUCACCUAAACUAUACUGUUAUUAAUGUGCAGUGCGUCAUCUGUAUAACUCUUCAACAUUGCUAGAGGUUAAGUUGAAACAUAUUUUUGAUCCCUAACUUAAAAAGUUAAAGCUUUUCAGGUUAAGGGAUCAAGAAUGCGUUUGGAUCUAAUCUCUAACAGAGAUCCAUCUCUAACAGAUGCAUUCAUCAUUGUGUAAAAGUCAGUUUUGUACUGUAAAAUACUCUAGUAGGUUUUCCUUGUAUGUUUAUGUUUGAAUACUUGCGCCAUGAACUUGAGCUUUGUCAUAUGUAAUAACAAUGGCUUUCGAGUUUUGCAUAAAUUGAGUACUAUUUGCUUCCA